GCAGCGAGAGCCGCUCGGGUGGAGGCACUUUGACAGCCAGACUGACGAGUUGUGAGCAGCAGCGACUGCUAACAGAUCGGUUGUCCACAGUUUGUCCACUGUUUGUCUUUAAGGCUGGACGCUCGGUUUCCUCAUCGGGUCCGUCAGCUGGGACGUAGCGGCAGAGUCCAGGCGUUAGUCUGUACCCGGCCCGUGUAUGCAGCCUGCCCGGGGCCUGGCCUAGCUCCUGGUGCUCCUUCUUUCCCACCACCUCCUCCCUCCUUUCCCCACCCUCCUCCCCCCUGACCCCCCACCCUCCCUCCGUCCUCACCCCCCCACACUGCCCCCAGCCUCGCGUCACAGUCCGACUCCCUGCGUUGAGCCCGGACCGGCGGCCUGGCUGGCUGCCCUCGUAAAGGUGGAUGAAUGAAGACCCCAUUCAAGAGCCCCGCGGCCCCGCGGCCCCGAGCAGACGGAGGACAUUCAGGCGUGUCUGCAAACAUGAUGAAGAAAAAGAACUCGCACAAGAAACAGAGGACCAGCGUUGGUCCCAGUAAGACUCUGGCUCAGCCCAGAAGGAACAUAGUGGGCUGCAGGAUCCAGCACAUCUGGAAGGAAGGCAGUAAGUCAUCGCAGUGGAAGGGGACGGUUCUGGACCAGGUCCCCGUGAACCCGUCCCUCUACCUGAUCAAAUACGAUGGCUUCGACUGCAUCUACGGCCUGGAGCUGUACAGCGACGAGCGGGUGGUGGGACUGGAGGUCCUCCCAGACCGAGUGGCUCCGGCCCGUGUAAGCGACUCGCUGCUGGCGGAGACGAUGAUCGGGAAGGCGGUGGAGCACAUGUUUGAAACGGAGGACGGACCGAAGGAGGAGUGGAGGGGGAUGGUGCUGGCCCGAGCUCCCAUCAUGACCUCCUGGUUCUACAUCACGUACGAGAAGGACCCGGUGCUCUACAUGUACCAGCUGCUGGACGACUACAAGGAGGGAGACCUGCGCAUCAUGCCCGACUCCAACGACAGCGUGACGGCGGAGCGCGAGCCCGGCGAGGUGGUCGACAGUCUGGUGGGCAAACAGGUGGAGUACGCCAAAGAGGAUGGCGGGAAGCGGUCGGGUAUGGUCAUCCACCAGGUGGAGGCCAAGCCCUCCGUCUACUUCAUCAAGUUUGACGACGACUUCCACAUCUACGUCUACGACCUGGUCAAGACCUCCUAAGGCCAGAAAACCUGGUCCAGGAUCCCCCAGAAAAAGACUUACGGAAAGCUGCCUAGACCCACGAAAACCCCACCAGAACCCCCAACCCCCCACCCCCA